AUGAAAUUCCAAUAUAAAGAAGAGCAUUCCUUCGAGAAAAGGAAGACUGAAGGAGAGAAAAUACGCAGGAAGUAUCCAGACCGAGUUCCAGUAAUUGUUGAGAAAGCUCCGAAGGCUAGACUAGGGGACCUCGACAAGAAGAAAUAUUUAGUCCCGUCUGAUCUAACUGUUGGACAGUUUUAUUUCCUCAUCAGAAAACGCAUUCACUUGAGGUCAGAAGAUGCGUUGUUCUUCUUUGUGAACAAUGUUAUUCCUCCGACGUCUGCUACCAUGGGCUCACUUUACCAAGAACACCACGAUGAAGAUUUUUUCCUCUACAUAGCUUUCUCUGAUGAAAAUGUUUAUGGAUAUGUCUAA